AUGAUAUCAGUUUGGAUCAUUCAUUUCGUAAUAUUUAUAUACUUUGAUUAUGGAAUCGGGAAAUCCCAAACUCGUUGUGACAUAAUGCAUCAUAAACAUUGCUGCAAUCCAUUUAUUUACAACAUAUGUUUCGAGAAGUGCCAUCGGUGGGCAACUCUGAACUGCUUCCGUAACAUAGCACGGCAUGACCAAAGUUUUGAGGAUUUAAUUGACGUGAAGGAAUGUGGCACAGUUAGUGCAGAAUUUGCGCCAUGUAUUCAGAAAGAGAUUGCUGAUCAGAUAUUCUAUGAUUGCUGUAAAUUAUACGUUGAAUCGAAGUGCCAUGAACUGUGCCGAUAUGAAACAAACCGUGACGUGGCGCAAUCACUUUUACUGGAGACAUUCCAUAAGAAGAAAUGUUCCUUGGAUAGCAUAUCUUCUAUACUAUAUUGUGCAUCCCAAAAUCGAGACAAUCGGUUAUGUUGCAAACAGUUUGGUCUAACA